AAACAAUUAUUAGAGACCAGAGGCGAGCUGAAAGCUGGUCUCUCUCUCUCUCUCUCUCUCUCAAUUUAGCAAAAAACCAGACCCUUUGCUUGCUUCUACAUCACUCAUCUGAAUUGAGCUGCAGUAUCUCUCUCUUUCUGAUGAAAUCUGUGCAAUAUGUUAAUGUUUCCUAAACGUGAAAAGACUCAGAACUCUGCCACUUCUCAUCUUCUUUCGCAGAAGUUUCUUUAAGCUCAAGUUUUCCUGAGCAAAAGGAUUGAAUUUUGGGGAAUACCAAGCUGUAAUUUCCCCAGAAAAUGGAUAAUUUACCAGGAAAAAAGAGACCCACCAUCAAUCUUUCCCUUUUCACCACUCUCUCAGAGUCGUUUGCCGUAGAUAAGUCUCCAAAUCCCUCCAAAUCUCCUAGGAUAUUCCAGGGGGGCGUGGUUGGGCUUGGCAUAGUGGCUGCCAUGACCGAUUUGAGCCCGAAAGCUCCGGAUAAUUUUGCGGUGGUGUCGCCGAGAUCGACACCGAUCCCAAUCGUGUCGUCUGCGAAGGCAGCUGCCAACUUCAGAGGUCCACGGAAUGAUGGGGAGAGAGGUGGGGACGUGGAUGAGAUGUCUGAGAGCUACACUUGCGUGAUAUCGCAUUUGGGGAGCAAUUUUGUUGAGAAACGCAUGUAUUUCGAUGAUAAGCUUGAUGCGGUUGUUGGUGAUUGUUGCGGUGCUACUUGUGUGGUGAGUGAUCGUGGGGUAAGAAUGUUCUCUGCUUCUCCCGUGAAUGUUGAUGAGUUCGAGAGGGAAUUCUGGACUGCUGAUUUUCUUAGUACUUGUUAUCUUUGCAAGAAACAGCUCCAUGGUCUGGACAUAUUCAUGUACAGAUUCUGCAGUCCCCAUGGCUGUGAUGCUGCUAUAGAAAGGGGAGAAAAAGCAUUUUGCAGUGCCGAGUGCCGUGACAAACACAUUAGAAGUGACGAUUACAAAGAGAAGCGUGGAUCUGGAGCACUGAAGCCACUUGAUUGUUCUGUGUCUCCCUGCUCCGGUCCACGGGUGUUUUUUACUGUGGUUGCUGCGGCAUGAACACACUUGUGAAACUUACGUACGUAAAUAAAAUGAAAGUGAAGGAGGACAUGAUCAAAGGGUAUCCCAAUAAACUGUUUUCACCGGCUCGAUAAGCAGUAGAUAUAAUUUGAGAGGGUUUAAGCAAGUAGUAUCUAUAUCCCAGAUUGCAAGAAAAUUAUAUGAGAUGGGAGAUAUUUUGAUGAGAGAAUGGAAAUUUGUUUGAACCCAACAGAGGAAAACAUAUAUAGAAUAUUAUACUAAUCAUUGUAUUAUAC